UCUUGUAGUAUUUUGCUGAAACUUUUAAUUUGUGAAAAUUCAUUGUCGAUCUGUGAAAUUUCGUUGUUCGUUAGGUAUAAUCUUUCAGGUUAGAGAUGUUUGGCGCUGAAUCUGAGUUGGAUCUAGUUGAAUUUCCCUGUACAGUUUAUUGUUGUUUGAUUGUUUAAUAGUAUCCGAUUGUUGUGCUGUAAUUUUGUUUUAUUUUUAAUUUGUGAAAAUUCAUUGUCGAUCUGUGAAAUUUUUUCGUUCUUUAGGUUUAAUGUUUCAGGUUAUAGAUGUUUGGCGCUGAAUCUGAGUUGGAUCUAGUUGAAUAUCUCUGUUUGAGAAGUGAUAUAUUUCACAGCGGUAAUCCUUCUGGUCAGUACCACUGUAGCACAACACUUAUCCUUGGUUUCAUCUUCUCGAUGAGAAUUUCUCGACAAGUGAUCUAUUUCACAACGGUAAUCCUUCGGAUUGCUCUUCUCGGCCUGAGUAGGAGUGGAACCAUUUUUUCAACUGGACACAGCUGCCAUUUGAUUGAUCCCCAUUCAUCCCUCCGUGCUUGUCGCAUUUUGGAUUCUGUUUAUUCAAGAAAAGAAAUCGGUAAUGGAUUCCAGUUAAGUUUGAAUGGUAUGCAUUGCAUUGCUAUUACUGGGCACUUAAAGCCUCCAAACUUGAUCAGAUUAUGAUAUGAUCAUACCCUAUUCCAGAAAAAUACAUCAAAUCUUCGAGGUUAGUUUUUAUCGUCUGGCCUGUUUUGGAUUUUUUGUUUUCCUUUUUUCCCGAGUAAACUAAUUUGAGCUUGCUGGCCCAAAAGAAAAGCCUAGUCACCAUCAUCUCAUGGCAAAAAUUUUCUUUGCCUCUACAUAAAAACUCGGACAAAAAAGUCAGUGGAUCUGUUCCAGCACAAAUAUUGUACAAACAAAUUAUUGUAGUAGAAAUGGAGUGAGCGAAUGUAGAAAUAGAAAUAGAAACAGAGCCGUAGAGUGCAAAGGAAUAGUAGAAAUAGAGAUUGAGCAGUAGAGUGCGAAACAAUAAUAUAAUUUAAAGAGAUGGAGGAAUAUUCAAUUCCCAAUCCAAAUCUGUGACCCUAGGCAUGCGUUACUAACUAAAAACGAGAUUUCUGGACUUCAAUAUCAAAGUCGGCCAUCAAUUUUUAUGAUUCUGAAUUUCAAAUCACAAAAUUAUAAUAUUUAGUGUACAAACAUGUCACCGUUACAAUAAAUACAUUGAGCUAUCUUAUGUCGCUGUUAUAAUAAGAGCAGUGAGCUAACUUAUGAUGAUCUAGGCUUCAAUAAGAAAUACAUACCGAUUGCACAUGUCAUGGUCCCCUAAUUGAUCUAGUUGAGUAGUGGUACUAGUCGACGAUAUGGUGCUUUUAGGCUGGGACGAAGCAGUUGAUGUGCUGCUCUGUGUUAUGGAACUCUGGCUGGAUGAUGACUCCCUGAAAAAAAUGAUGUAUUCCUUGUCGUCAACAAACAUCUGCAGAGACCUUGGAAGGGUGGCAUGCUUACAUCCACAACCCCCUCUAUAAUCCAGAUUACAAACUCUUGUUUUUUUUUUUCUUUUCUUUAAUAACACUUUUGAUACCAAAAUGGCUAAAUAACGUAGUUUUUUUCUUUCUUUUACUCGAGCUUUUUCUAUAAUAUCACUUUUGAAAAUUUUAAGUACGAAAAUUACAUAUUUGUUUUACCAAUGUAACAUAAUGUGCCACUCCCAAUAGCGAAUUUAAUCGAAAACAUGAAAUGCGUUAAUGAUAA